AUGACAAUGACAGCUAUCGCAGUACGGAAAGUUGUCAUGGACCCAAUCCUGCCAUCACCACCAACACCAGCCACCUCCACUGAAUCCCCAAAAAUAGCAAUUCUCUCGGUCAGGAGUGAAGAGGUGAGAGAUGAGGAGCCUGCAGCAGAUCUGGAAUUGGAGGAGGUAAACUCCGGAACAACUCCAAUUGAUGGCUGGAAAUUCAAGAAGAAGAGACAAAGGCGGGAGCUGCUGAAGGAUGUAAAGCCAGAGCAAAAUUACAGGGAUCCUUCUACACCCGCAUCGAACUCGCCGCCUCUCAUGAUUGCAGAGGCGAUCAGCAGUUCCGAGAUCCGCUCGAUGUGGUCUGAGCUUAGCGCCGACAACAAUCGACGAAGAGAAGCAGCAGGGGAGCAAGCUCGCCGGGUCUUCGUCAGCCACGCGAAUUGCCUCAACGAUGCAGCGAGCAACUCCCUUCGAGGCGAUGUGGAGCGAGAAGCUGGGGCCAAAGUCGAGCGUCGCGAGAUCAUCCUCCGGAUGAGUUGCUGGGCGCCGCAGGAGCAGACGACGAUGAUGGAUCGCCGGGGUAACUCGCCGAUAGCUCCAGUCGCGGUGACGAGGCCCAAGCAGGCGGAAUCCGGGACCAGAGCGGCGGGGAUGAUCAUACGGCUGCUGGCGGCAUCGGAUGUCGCGUCGAACGGCGGGGAGAGGCAACCUCGAAGGCCAGAAUCC